GCAAGCUAUGGUGGAUCCUGAUGGAAAUCCUUGCAACAUUAGGGAGAAGAACUCUGCGAUCCAGAAACCGAAGCAGAAGCUACAGGUUGUGAAGCCCAACGGGUCCGCGCAAAGUGACUCGAGAACUACUCCUCCUGACGAGAUCACGUCGGAGAAGUUCGAUAAGGAAAGAAACGCUCAACUGGAAAAGCCGAACAAAGUCGCCGUGUGUAGCAAAAGACGACUCGCCGGUCAAAAGGAUGUAAGUAGGAACGGAAGUCUCGAGUUUCGGGUUUAUCUUUGCCUCGAAAAACUAACGAUGGAUCUCUGUUCACUCAGAAGCUCAAGUUCUUGCAGGAGGUUGCAAUGGAAAUCAAAUUUGAAGCCGCCAAGAGGAGAAUCCAAGAGCGAUAUCAGCGAGAAGCAAACACCAAGAAGCAGCGGGCUAUACUAGAUUUGAACUUACCCCAUCUCCCAAAGCAGGCAGCAAGCGAUACGACUCGACGCUCAACCACCGAAAGAUCUCAUAAGCAGCAGACGAAUGGACAGCGCUAAAUCCCGUGGUUGUGAAGAACAUUCUUCAGAGGACUUCUCCAUUCUAUUCUCAAUAGGCGGAAAUUUUUGCAAAAUCUGCAGGGACAGCGAUCUUGUUCCAGACAGUGUAGACACUACAUUCUGAAUUUCCGAUGACAGAUGACAGUUGCAUAUGUCUGUCCUCUUUA